CCCGUGGGCAGGGGUUGAAGUGGAUUGUGGGUGCGGGAUACCGCGUGUGGUUGGAUUAGACAAGGAGGAAUGAACGGUUACAUGUAAGUCAUGUACGUUGUGUGGAAACCCGGUGAGCUAAGUCCUUUCUUUGCUUGCAUUUCCCCACCCCAAGACGCUUGGAUGCGGUAGGGUUUGUGCUUCUUGCGUACGAUGAAGGACGAUACUGCAGCUUGGCGGAUGGGGAUGGAUGGAGCAUAUAUAGCUUGAGUGAUGCCCUGAUAUCAGGAGAUUUCUUUCCGAGUAAAUUAUCUUACACAUCAUCUAUGCUAUACUAUCUAACUACUAGCAUCUACUCUACUUCAUCAUCAUCAUCAUCAUCAUCAUCAUCAGAAGUAGAAGAAUACUACGUACCUUCUCGAGACAACCACCACGACUACUACUGUGACACCAAUCAACCACACUCCCACAUCCCCCAAGUCCACACCGCAACCACCUUUUCCACAAAAUCUCCAACAUACCUGCCGAUGACAGACUCCUCGCACCACCAACCCAUCGACGCGCGAGCCCUGCACUCCCGCCUCGCUGUCAUCGCAAACACCAACAACACCUCAAGCAUCGAACAUGGAGCAACCCAGGGACGUCCCCGACCCUCCAUCGAUAGCACUAACACGCGCCCUUUUACCAAAUCCUCGACAAUCUCCACCUUUGACUCGCACACUUCGAGCACCUCGUCGCGCCUGUACGCCUCACCCAGCAGCAGACUGCACCCGGAAAGCGUGGGCAUCGCCCCUGGCGACUUCAGCAAGCCGCGGGUCCCCAAGCGGAGUCGCAGACACACCAUGGAGAGCGGUACCAGCAGCAGUAGUAGCAGCGGAAGGAAGGAAAGAGAGGAGCCGGCGCAGUUCAAGUACUAUGGGCGCCAUGGGAAUCAGUGGCUUUUCAAUGAUUUUAGCGUUACGGGUGCGGUGGCCAAGGGGUUUAGGAGGGUGUUUGGGGGGCACAAGGGCGAGAGGGAUUGGUAUGAGGAUAGGGAGAGGUAGAGGGGGCGAGUUAGACAAGGGAAAGGGACUAUGUAGAGAGCGGGGAGAAUGGAGUAUAAACAACAA